ACAGGUAGCAGGUAAAGUUGACUGAAGGGUGAACUUUAUCACAGCCCCCUGGUCUUGCUGGAGGCCACCUCUCUUUCUGUCAGUGUCCGGCUCCCAGAAGAAAUCCGUGUGUGAGGGAGGACACUCUGGACAGGGGGGAAGAGAAAUCAGGACUUGAAUCUGCUCUGAAGGCCAAGAUCUCUAGAGCUUUCCCUGGGAGUCAGCUUCAAAGGAAGAAACAGUAAAAGGAUUUGAGGAAAAAGAGACAUGUGCUUGGAUGGUGGUAAGCAACUUGUGGUGAUACACUUGGGAAUGUCAUCUUUAUAGGUUUGUGCUAAGGACCCCUGAAUAUAAAACGAUAAGCAACUACUGAGCAGACCCCAAGCUUGGCAAAGGCCAAGAGUGUGCGUGUGGAAGAGUCGGUGGUGCAACGUACAACUAGAAACUUCUGAGAACAGCGCUGGAAAGAUGAAACGCAGACAGAGAUUGGGGCAAUAUUAAUACGUACCAGCAGAAGCUCCGAGCCUUUGCGCACAGCCGGUAUGAGCAGACAGUAAGAAAUGGGUGACUGGAGUUUCUUGGGGAACAUUUUAGAGCAGGUGAACGAGCAGUCCACUGUCAUCGGGAGAGUUUGGCUCACAGUGCUCUUCAUUUUCCGCAUCUUGAUCCUGGGAACAGCUGCCGAGCUAGUGUGGGGAGACGAACAGUCAGACUUUGUGUGCAACACCCAGCAACCUGGUUGCGAGAACGUCUGCUAUGAUGAGGCCUUUCCCAUCUCCCACAUCCGGCUCUGGGUCCUGCAGAUCAUUUUUGUAUCCACGCCUUCGCUAAUGUACUUUGGGCAUGCAGUGCACCAUGUCCGCAUGGAGGAGAAGAGGAGAGAGAGGGAGGAAGCUGAGAAACGACAGCAAGCUGAGGUGGAUGAAGAGAAGCUGCCCCUGGCUCCAAAUCAAAACAAAGGCAACAACCCUGAUGGAACCAAGAAGUUUCGCCUGGAGGGUACCCUCCUGAGAACCUACAUCUUCCACAUCAUUUUCAAAACCCUCUUUGAGGUAGGAUUCAUAGUAGGUCAGUAUUUCCUGUACGGCUUCCGAAUUCUGCCCCUUUACCGCUGUGGGCGGUGGCCCUGUCCCAAUCUUGUGGACUGUUUUGUCUCCAGGCCCACGGAGAAGACCAUCUUUAUUAUGUUCAUGCUGGUGGUGGCUUCCGUGUCCCUCUUCCUCAACCUGGUGGAGAUCAGUCACUUGAUCCUGAAAAGGAUCCGGAAGGCUCUGAGAAGACCAGCGGAGGAACAGAUUGGGGAGAUCCCAGAGAAGCCCCUCCAUGCCAUCACAGUCACCUCCAUCCCUAAGGCCAAAGGCUACAAGCUGCUGGAAGAAGAGAAGCCGGUGUCUCACUAUUUCCCUCUCACGGAAGUAGGGGUUGAGCCCAGUCCCCUUCCGUCAGCCUUCAAUGAAUUUGAGGAGAAGAUUGGUAUGGGACCGUUGGAGGAUCUCUCCAGGGCAUUCGAUGAGAGGUUACCAUCGUAUGCACCAGCGAAGGAACCGGAAGAGGAGAAGGUAAGAGCAGAGGAAGAGGAGGAACAAGAAGAGGAGCAGCUGGGACCUCGGGAAGAGCCAGGGGUGAAGAAAGCAGAGGAGGUGGUGAGAGAUGAAGUGGAAGGGCCUUCAGCACCUGCUGAACUCGCCACUGAUAUGAGACCCCUCAGCAGGCUAAGUAAAGCCAGCAGCCGGGCCAGGACUACAGCAGCACCUUUUGGCUGGGACAGUGCAGCAAUGCGUUCAAAGGCUUCAGGUUCACAGCUAUGUCCCCCCAGAACUGAGCCUCAUUCCAGAAAAGCGCAGGUAUGCACUCUCAUCUGCUCUGCUCUGCAAACCUCAGACCCUGCCAGCUAAGCAAAUUCCUUCUGCUGGGCUGAAGCCCAUCCCAUUGUUCCCAGGGCAGGCUCUAAUCCAGCUCAGGGGGAAAAAAAAAAAAAGGUCUUUGGCAUAAUGCAUAAAACUCUCAUCCCGCCAUUAGCUAGAAAAGACCCCCUGCGGUCUCCCAUUGCAGCAGGGCUGACGCACAGCCCGCUGAAGUCAAAUGGGUGUCUGAGAGAGCUCUGGGUAGGCUUGGGCUCAUACCUCCAGUCCUGCUGCCCUGUGUCCCAGCCCCAGCAGCCACCAGUGCAGUCAGGUCUGUCACUCACUGAUCCAACCUGUUUGGUGGAGUUCCCCUGCCUUGUUCCGCAGCUGCCCUACACGAGCGCCAAGGUGGCUAGACUUGACUGCUGAGUGAAGUACGCUGUACAUAUGUAGAAAGUUUGCAGGGUGCAUUGGGAUUCUUCAGCGCCAGAGCGGUGCCACAUUUAUUUUUUUCUUUAAAUAUACUAUUAAUCCUUUUGCUCCUUUUGGGCCUCUGUAUUUUCCCAAGGUUUCCAGCCUGAGGUCAAAAUCUUUGCUCCUUGGACAAAGGCUGUUAGGUGGUCUUUCCUUGUGAAGGAAGACUGGAAAGUACCUCCUCAGUUUUGGGAAGGAAUAUGUCAAAGCAACGCAUGCAAAAGAACAUGCACAGAGAGAAUCUGGAGGCCACCGUUUAUCCACUCUCUUAAUACAGAAACAGGAGAACAGUUAACACAAAUGAAAGGCAACUGAGGAAUGAGAAUGUUUUUCAGCAGGAAGAGAGUCCACUGUGCCCAAUUCAAGACACUAGAAUUCAAGAAAGGGCAAAGAUUUAGAUGAACAGCAAAAUCACCACACUUCAACUAGAUGAGGUCUAUUACUUUUUAUUUUCUUCACAGAAAGGUAUAAGAGAGUUUUAAUGGUUCUAAGCAUAAACCAGCCCGCUUGUUGGGGGUUGGAAACACACUCUUCUGCAAGUAAAAAUCAAAACUCUGUAACGGUUCAGUAUGAGGUAUCUUCUACCUUCUUCGGAGCAUCUAACCCUUUCAGAUACCAAUGCACUGGACUAGAUGAAUUACCCCCACCCUUGUUUACUUCUAAUUACUUGACAAGUCCUUUUACAUACUAGGUAUUUUAAUAACCAUCCCCGUUCCUGACCUCUGAUGUGCAUACCUUCAUUAGAGCACUGGACUGCGUAAGAAGACUGCUUAUUCAUCAGAGGUAUAUGGUUCACAAUAUCAUCAGAUGUUGAGUAUGUCAUUCUUUUUCACUGGAGUGCCUCAGUAAAGUGCACUAUACGCAAGGUACUCAAUGGACACUCUGUCGUUCUUUCUUCCUCCGGGUCACAACAGCACAAUGAAACAAGCCAGCGUUGUCCUCCUGCAUCCAGUCAACUGCGUGUUGAUUUAUUAUUUUUUUUCAAGCCAGUUUUCAAGGACUCUGCCAGGCUGCCAGUGAACCUGUGCCACCAAGGACGAGACACAGCAUCAAGACAGCGCUUCUCGGCAAACUGGGCAGGGAACUAACAGUCUGGUCUUCUGGCAUUCAGCCUCAUCUCUGCAACGAAAUCACUGUGGGACUGUCAGCAAGUCAUUCUUCCUUCUUGUACAAUCAUGAAUCAUUUUCUACCUCACAAAGACAAUGUGAGGCUCGAUACAUUGUCCUAGUAAUAGAAUGGGAGGUCCUUGGAUGGGAGGCCCUACAGAUGAGCAAAGGAUUGUUGCUAUUUCUGGAUGUGAUAGCAUAUAAACGUGUUUUAUUCCCUCUCAGUGAGACAAAUUUAAUCAUUUAUUCAAGAAAUUCCUAGUGAAGUUGCAUAACAGCCUCAGAGCUGUGGAUUCAGUGUAUGAUUCCACUCGAAAAAUAAUUAAGCAAAACAUAGAAAUAUAUGUCAAGAACAGGGAAAAUUAUCUUCUUGGGAAGGGGGAAGUCACUGGACAAUUAGAGCCACGCCUGGAUCAUUUAAAGGUGUGUGUACCCCCUUAGCUCUCUGUGCAAAUAAAUUACUUCCUGAUCACAUGGCUCUCUGCAAGGAGCAUAACAUGCAAGUGUCAAAAUCACCAAAGGAGGUGAAAAUAGAAGAGAAAGGUAGUGUCUUAGCUUACAAUAGCAUGUGGGAGUUGGUGUUCUCUAGUGUCUAGAGCAGUGGACCUAGGAUAAUAAUCUUAGAUUUAUUUCCAACUCUGCUUCUGACUUGCUGUGAUAAUCACUUUACCUCUCAGUGCCUGUUUUCUCCACCUGUAAUGUGGGUGUAAGAAUUUCCACCUACCUCACAGGGAUGUUGUGAGGCUUCCUUAAUUCUGUUUGUAAAGUGAGUAGGAAUGAUCUGAUGAAAAGCACUGCUGAAAUGCACGGUAUCCUUGUUAUUUCCCGGCAGAACUGCUAACUUGGUUACUAUAUGAGUCCUCGACCAGAAGGACGGUAGAUUGAAAAUGUGAGCGCUGCAUUGCACUGACAACGUCAACACAGAUGUGGAUUUGCCAUGAGUAAAAAAAACCUCCAUUGAUCUCCCACCCCUUUCUCCUACCUCAGCCUUGGCCUGGCCAGAUGAAGCAGCGACAGUGUGGUUACGUGGACCACUCUUCUCCAUCCUCAGCAUCCGUUCUGGGGCAGCAUUUAUAAUUAAAUCAGACAGUUCCUGGGAGGGGGGCGCAGGCUCGUGGAGGUCUAACAAUUUUAAGGUCUUUGCAAGGCAUGUGGGAGAGGGUGGUAUAAUGCAAAAUAUUGCUGGGCUUCUGUUAAAACCACUCAGUGCAAACUCCAAGUAAAUUUUCCAGAGUCUCCAUGAAGAGUUUACAAUUGCUUAUGGCACACAGGAAAAAAAAAGCCACGCUUCAUGAACGGAAACCCACAAAUUACCAUGUUACACUGAUUCUUUCCUCUAAGUGAGAUAGAUACCAGCGAUUUCUUAGCCCUGAAACACAAUGAGGUACAGAUUCCUCCUCCUGUAGGAGGGGAGAGAUCUAGGGGGAAUCUCUGCUCUCUAGAUCUGUGUGGGCAUGAAAUCUACUUAACUGAGGGAGGAAAGUCCAGUCUGUCCUGCCACUCAGUAACUCACUGACUGUGCAGUUUUACAUUUAAAGAGCGGCUGUGUCACACAACACUGAAAAAAAAAGUGGCAGUUUGCUGUUUUGUAUAGAAAAUGGCUUUUCAGGCUGACAACUAAAAGUAAUCCUAGCCUAGGCGUAGUUUUGUUUAGUAAAGGCAGGAACAUCCAUGAGAACUAGACUAAAGCCUUCCUAUAAGCCCGAGGCAGUUGUGAUAAAACAGUAUAUGGUGCCAGAUCUCCUGAGGGCCGGGGCUGGAUAAGCGUACCAAAACCAGGGAACUUGUCUAAGUAUUGGAAUAAUUUUUUUCCCCCAACAGAAUGACACUACCAUUUCUUAGGCUCUGUGCGCGCGCUACACCUUUUAACAUGGCUCAGGAAAGGCUUUUUGCCAACACCAAAUGUGCUUAUAGUCGACUAGUAACCAUGGCAAAUCAAUGUGUGUUGACUUGCCAAGAUAUAGCCUGGCACACAAUCCCUUCUUGCAACUAGCUUGGCAUGCACCUAUUUCAGCAGAACAGGCAAGACUCACGUCUCUGCCAACAAUUGGAGUUUUUCUCUCAUCAGCUUGAUAGACAAAGAGACAUUGAAGGUUUGUUCAGCCUAGAGAGGAGGGGGCUAGGAGGGUGGGGAGGUCUAGCUGCUGUCUUUGGGUGCCCAACUUGGGGGAGCUACAGGGAAGAUGGAGCCAGGCUCUCGACAGGGGUGCACAGCAACAGAUAAGAGGCAACGAUCACAAGGAGCAGCAAGGAAAAUUUUGACUAAAAAAUGCCAACAAGGAAAAAAAUUGUUCAAAUGGAGAGUGGUUCAACACUAAAGCGGGUGCCCAGAGACGUGGUGGGAUGUCCAUCCUUGGAGGAUGAAGCCUGACUGGGAAAAGCAUUGAGCACCCUGGUCUGACUUUGAUGUUGCACUGAGCCCAAGUUUGGACCAGCUGGUCCCUUCCAGCCCGAACUCUCCAUCCCAUGGGAGGCUGAAAGCUCAGUGCAGCCGCUGCAUGGUGGAACAAUGAGUGUGGGGCACUUUCUGCCUCGCUGGAAUGUUCUGGUAGAGUUUGCUUAGACUGUCCCAGCAGGCAACACCAACUAACUGGGCACCGCAGCAGACACCAACACACAAACACAAUCAGCUGAUGUUUGGUAGCUAGAAAAGCUGCUUGAGGCAAGAAACAUGUGUUGUGUAACUGGUUUGGAAAGAGCAUUACAAAUAAAAAAAAAAAAAAAAAAAAAGAGUGUGCUUGUCAACAGAGAAAAUCAUGGAAACAUAAGGGGCUUAGGUCUUUCCAGCUCCCUUUAAUUUCAGUGUCAAGUGUGCCUUUAAACCCAUCUGAAAGUGCAGAGGAGUGCAUUUUAAUGUUCUGUCAACAAAAAAAUGGUGUAUUUUAAAGCUUGCUGAUCUGUGAUGAAGCAGAACUGAAUAGAAAUGGUGAUUACAGACCUACUGACAGAACAUUUUGAAAAAAAACAAACAAAGACUGUUGGCCUUUGCCUUGCUAGAUCCAGCCUGGCACAGUAAAAGCAAAACAAGCCAUUUAUUGGAGGAAAGGCUAUAUUGCUUGGAAAAGUCAUGGAGUAGCCUACCGAAAAACUUUUAAGUCAAUACAGCAAAGAAUUUGUGGUGAAACAUCAAACAGAAAAGUUGGUUCCUGUGGUGUUUCCCUGAAGCUUGGGGGACAGUUGGAGGAUGACUGAGAUAAGGAAAACCAGUUACAAAUGAGCAUAUGAAAAAAUCCUGGAUUACAGGCAGCUGUGGGGCAGAGGCCGUGCAGGAGGGCAGCAGGGAAUCCCAGGACGCAGUGCAGGAUGCCAGCUGAUGGGCAGGCUGCAGGCAAAGGCCGAAGCGAAGAAGCCUGCAAGCUCAUCGGCCGACUACCUCAUUGUAAGGACAAGGCAAGCCAACCUGACACACAAAUGAAACCCAGCCUGUCACCAAAUCUGGUAUUUAUGGAUUUUAAGGUCAGCAACUUUAAAAUAAUUUAAUUGAACUUUUUUGCACUGGUUCCUCUACUUACCUGGUAGAAUCGAGAACCAUAACUAGCACAGGCAAAGCUUUUUUUUCCCAGUCCUUUACUUAGGUAUAUGAAGAAUUACUGGAACAAAAAUAUUUAGUUAAGUUUCUUAAUAAACAUAUGUUAGUUCAAAGAAAAGUCAUAGAAAACCCCAUAAAGGAAUUAACCUAUUGCCAGUGAAGAUCAUCACCCGAACUCAACCACAAAUAAAUUCAAAAGAAAUUCAGAAAUUGGAAUGAUGUCGGAUUACUCUGAGCUUCAGAGCUCCUAUUUAUGAAAACCUCUGGAGAGAAAAGAAAAUGGAUGGCCGGCUGCCAGCUAAGCCUAUUUGUCAUGAGUAUGCCCUGUAGCACCUUCUGGAAACCUGUGCUAUUUCUAAAUAUACUCUUGGCCGACAAACUGCUUUAAUUCAAUAUGCUCCACCUUUCUGCUUUACUUGAAAGACUUGACUUUAGUUCCCUCUAUAAACUGAACAUAAAAGAGCUAUAUUCACACUUUAAUAUGUAGAAGUAUAAAACACGGAACUGAGCGGAAACCUGUCAAUUUACUGGCCAGCCCUUCUUCCUCAUGCGCUGCCUCUCCUCUCCGGCCACCUCCAUCUGUAUUGUGUUUAACGAAACUACCAGCCUCUCACAACCGAGAAGUUGCCUUUGUACCUGCGGAGUGCCACAGACCCUUCUCCCCACACAUGCACAUCAGCUAAGGAAGAACAACACGGAAUAAAUUUCCCAUUUUCUUUUUACGCUUCUUGUCUUCCCUGAAAGAAAAGUCCUGGGGUUGGGAGGUGGAUAUGAGUUUUGCCAGUAGGAAUUAUCUUAUUCCCUGUGUGUUUCUCCCAAGGCUCAGAGAUGAGUAAUUUACAGCUAAGCAGAGGCACGUUUCAAGUCUAUUUAUAAACACAUGUAAAGAAGAAAGCUUAAAGACCUAUGACCAAACUCUGCCUUGUUUUUUAACCUUGUGUUGAAGCAAGCAGAGCUGCCAAGGUGUAAACAAGAGCAGAAUUUGGCUUUGUAUAAUUCAUUUUUUAAAGGAUUUCCUGUUAACUUACGUCUUUAAAAAACAACCCAAAACUAACCUUGCCCCACAACCUACCAAUAUAGAACAAAACAACUACAAAUCCCUCCAAGCUCAGGAAUCUCAACACUUUAGGAAAGACCAGCUUCUAAGUAGCAGAUACAUAAAGGAAGAACAGGGAAGCUCAGGUCUCAGCUCUACAUUAAUUGGCGGCAAUACCAGAAGCUGUAAAAAAGAAAAGAAAAAGGCUCAGAUCAGAUACAGUAAUCUGCUCCCUCAGUUCAUUUCCCCAUGAAAGCUGAAUGUUUUUUCCUCUUUGCAAUGCUGUAGACAAGGAGACAAAUUUAAAACCAAGACGACUGGCAGCAAGACAGAAAGCCAAACAAUCAAAGAGCCUGUGGGACUAAUUUGGUGAC